AUUUAUCAGUGGAUUAUUCUUGAUGUACAUGUAGGUACUUGUUUUCUUCUUGUAAAGGAGAUGGGCGUAUGCACAGUCCUGGGCAUUGUGCUCAGUAUUGUACCUACACAAUGAUGGAGAAUGACAGCAAAAAGAUAGUGGCCUUGGAAACUCUUGACAAGAGAGAGACUGGAAGAAAGAGUACGAAUCUUGAAAAGGCCAGCUUUCAAAGAGCACUGGAAGAUGUUAAACAAAGUAACCAGGUUACCGAAGUUGUUACAGAUUGGGGCAUUGAUGAAAGUACAUCAAACUUGGAGAUUUUCAACAACCACAUAUUGAUGUAUGCAACAAAGAGAAUUUCUUAUUCGCCACCAGUCUAUAGGGCAAGGAAUGUAUUAGUUGCACUAGACUACAACCAUUGUGUUGAUUUGCCAACAGCUACAAAGAAAGAUGGAAGUAUCAGAUAUCAAAGGACUUUUUCAAAGAAGUCGGGGAGGUGGACAACUGUGGAGCGAAAACAAAACAAGACAUAUGCCCAUAUUGACGAACUUUUUGAAAGGGCUCUAAAAAUGCGUUUGGAGUCUAAUAGAGGGAUGCAUCAUCCUGUAGAAUUAUCAGCAACAGACCCUCGACGGAUUUCCAAAACCAUUGCCCCAAAGUCUCCACCUCCAACAGCAGAACUUGUUUCCCAGGAAAAAAAAUCAAGAUUUAAGUAGAUUAAUUAAACUUUUUCUUUUUUGUAAAGGCAGCUAAAUGUUUCAAUGGAUAUUACACAUGUAAGGCAAAUCUAUUUUAGUUCAUCACAGUUUAUUGUCAUUGUACAUGUAUAUAUGAUACAUACAAGUCCAAAUAAUGAAACUGUUUAAAUGUAUAUUGUAAACUAUAUUGAAUGAACUGUGAUAUAUCAUUGCACAUACUGUAUCAUUUCUUUUUUCAAAUCUGUACAGAUGUGUUUGGUUUCCUUACCAUAUAAAAUCAUUAUACAUAUACUUUUUUCUCUCCAAAUGUGUUAAGGAUGUGUUUAAGUAUGUAUUCUUGUCCAUAGUUUUUUAAGAUAUGAAGAAAGAAUUUCCUCGAACUGAAACUAAUUCAUUAUGAUAAACAUGAUCACGUGUUUCUACAAAAUUAUGAACAUAAAACUGCACCAUUAUUCCCAUUGAUAACAAACCUUAUACUAGUAUUCCAUUGAUAGUUAGCUACUCUUUAUGUUGUCUUAACCAAAAUGAUUGACCAAAAACCAAGGAAUUUGGUAGAUGCCUGUUGUUGUUUAAUAUGUAGUCAUUGUCUGUUGGGCAUUUUUAAUUAUUUGACUUCUCAUCAGUAAGUACAUACAUGUAGCCAUAUUUCAUUUAAUUUGAUAUGGGACUUAUUAAGGGUAAGGGGUUUUAUAAUUGUUUAUUUCUUUGUCACUGCACCACUGUGGCCUGAGGGGUGUCAAAUCCUAAAUGUUUUAAAGAUAUGUUUUAAAUAAGGAAAUCUGUCCAUUAUCUAUAAUGAGCAAAGAUUUUUGUAUAAAAAUUUCAUGGCUCCCAAUCUCCAGCACUUGGUUGAGAACCAGAUUGGUAUUUAGUGAAACUACAUGUGUGUCAGUUUUAAUUCUGUGCAUGUUUGCAUGAUUAUAAGAAGCUUGUAGCUGUUUAUCAAAUUUUAAAAGUCCCUACCCCAUCACCAGGUGGUCAGGUUGUCAAUUGGGGCUCAAAUGGUACAUGUGUAUAUAGUGAAAGUACUUUCAGAAUUUUUUGAUCAUCUCUUACUUGCUUCUGUGUAUUGUGAAUAAAUACUUGUGCAUUAUUAUGAAGAGUGGGUAGCCAUAUGCCAAAUUAUGCAGUUUAAUGCAAAUUGUUUUCUUGUGUGCUUACAAUGUAUACACUUGUAUACUUACUUGUAUACAAGUUCGAGCUUUGCAAAGGUUAAUUUUUGUUGUUGAAAAUGUUCUAAGUGACACUUCCAUGAGAAUUAUAGGGACAUUUCUGCAAUCAAGAUAACUUGAUUACCUUAUUUAUGUAUAAUAAUGCAAAUACAAAUUGACAAUAAAAAUGGCAAUGUGGGAAAGGGUUACAGAUCAAGUCAAAAUGGGAUAUACACUGGUGAUAUAAACUACAAAAAUCUCGAAAUACAUGCAAUAUAAGCUGCAAUUGUUGAAAAUGGCAUGAAAGAAAUUACAUAUUAUUGCUCUAUAAUAAACAGAUUAAUUUUGGUGAACUAAUUUUAGUGUACAAUCCAUGUUGUCAUUUAGGAUUAAAGGUUCAGAUUUUAUUAAUCAGUGGUGUUAAUUUGAUCCAUUAGUGCAUUGCAGUCCACAAAUUCUUGUGUAUUUCUCUCCGUCUUCGAUGCCUUUUACUAUGGUUUGUAUUUUGAUCAUUUAUUUUGGAGAUGUGGAAGAAAAUAUGUCUAGAACUUUGUAACUAAUCAUAAUUAUAUGGCCAAUUUCAGUGCAUUGUAUACCGGUAGACUGGAAAGAAAUUAAGCUUACUGACAUUUUUUAUGAAAAUGUGUCUUGUGAAAUUUGAUGUUUCUGUACUAGCAAUAUGUUGAUACAAUAAAGUUAUUUAAGGGGCAAGAUCUAAGAAAUUGAUAUAGAAAGAAAAUAAUUAAAAUUCCUGUGGGAGGGGGUGGGUGGGGUCAAAUUCCAUUAAUUUUAUGAUGGGGGAGGGAUCAAUUCUACUUUUUUAAGGUACAUAUACUUUUAAAGAUUACAUAUACACGGUGUGAAUAAACAGUAGAAAGGGUACAUAGAAUGUUAUUUAUACCAUGCUUAGUAUUUGUAAUUGAUAAUCAGUUUAGAUACCUGGAUGUAGUAGGGUCUAAAUGAAAAGUAUGUGAAUUUUGUUUCUUGAAAGACAUUGAACAUUUGAUCUUGCCCCUGAAUAUCAAUUCUAAUGCACA